GCUUAUAAAACCAUCGGAUCUUGGGAGAACUCACCGCUGUCAUGAGAACCGUAUCAGGGAAACUGCUCCCCGUUAUCCAUCCAAUUGCUUCCCACGGGUUCUUCCCACGACACGUGGGGUUGUGGGAACUGCAAUUCAAGGUGGGAUUUGGGUGAGGACACAGCCUGACCAUAUCAGGGUCACCAGAUAACGUCUGCGCCCCCACACUUGGAUCCGUCAGAGUGGCUUUCUCUGGGGUUGGCUCUCCUCUGCUGUCGACGUGGUGGUGAUGAACGCCUUGCUUGCUGCUGAGCUGUGCGGGGUCGUGGGACUGCUUUUCCCGCCUGGCUUUGGUUUUCCCUGGAGUUGCUGUUUCUCUUUUUGACCGUCUGUUACUAGCGUGACCCCUCCUUGGCUCGGUUACUCUUUCGGGUGUUGGGUCUCAGGGCUGCUUUCCUUGGGCCUCCCUCCACUAACCGGAUUCCUUUGGCUUCUCUUGGGUUGGGUCUCGGAUCUUCUCCCCCUGGGAUUUGCUCCCUUGGUUUGGGGAGGAGGCGCAUCAUUGCACGGGUGUUUGGGAUGUGCCCCUUUAAGCAGAAUUCCCGCACUCCGUUCACCUGACUGCACGCAUGUGAACGCCACCUCGUUUGCUGUCCCCUCCGCGCUCUGUCCCGUGGACACACGUCACUUCUUCCUGAGCAGUUUGAGAAUGAGUUGCAGAGCUGGUGCUCCUCUACUCCCAGAUCCUUGAGCGUGACGUUGCUGCCGACAAGGCCCUGACACUCACUGUACAAAGGUUGAAAUGGGGGCGGUGACGCGGCAGCAGCUGCCGUCUGAGCUGACUCACGCUGACUUCCCGGUGGUCCCAGUAAUGGCCUUUGAGGACAUCACGAAGGAUUGUGGAAGGACCCCGGGACCGUGUCUGUCAAGUCUCCUGGUUGAGAACCGUCUGUCCGUCUGCCUCGUCUCUGAUGACGCUGACGUCUUUGAAGAAUGCUGGCGCGUCAUGGCGUGCCCUCAGUUUGGGUACGAGAUGCUGGACGAGAACCACCACCUGAUCCAGUGCAUCCUGGAGUACCAGAGCAAGGGCAAGACAGCCGAGUGCACACAGUACCAGCAGAUCCUGCACCGGAACCUGGUGUACCUGGCCACGAUCGCAGACUCCAACCAGAACAUGCAGUCCCUGCUUCCCGCCCCCCCCACGCAGAACAUGAACCUGGGCCCUGGAGCCCUGAGUCAGAGCGGCUCCAGCCAGGGCCUGCACUCCCAGGGCAGCCUAAGCGACGCCAUCAGCACGGGCCUGCCACCCUCUUCCCUCCUGCAGGGCCAGAUUGGCAACGGGCCGAGCCAUGUGUCCAUGCAGCAGACGGCGCCAAACACGCUGCCCACCACCUCCAUGAGCGUCUCGGGGUCCGGCUACAGCCACGCAGGGCCCGCGUCGCAGGGCGUCCCCAUGCAGGGACAAGGCACCAUCGGCAAUUACGUGUCUCGGACCAACAUCAGCAUGCAGUCUAAUCCAGUCUCCAUGAUGCAGCAGCAGGCAGCCACGUCACACUACAGCUCCACGCAGGGCGGCAGCCAGCACUACCAGGGGCAGUCGUCCAUCGCCAUGAUGGGCCAGGGCAGCCAGGGGAGCAGCAUGAUGGGGCAGCGGCCCAUGGCGCCCUACCGGCCCUCCCAGCAAGGCUCUUCCCAGCAGUACCUGGGCCAGGAGGAGUAUUACGGCGAGCAGUACAGUCACAGCCAGAGUGCCGCAGAGCCCAUGGGCCAGCAGUACUACCCCGACGGCCAUGGCGAUUACGCCUACCAGCAGUCAUCAUACACGGAGCAGAGCUACGACCGGUCGUUUGAGGAGUCCACGCAGCACUACUACGAGGGGGGAAACUCUCAGUACAGCCAGCAGCAGGCCGGGUACCAGCAGGGCGCCGCACAGCAGCAGGCCUACUCCCAGCAGCAGUACCCCAGCCAGCAGAGCUACCCCGGGCAGCAGCAGGGCUACGGGCCUGCCCAGGGAGCCCCCUCGCAGUACCCCGGCUACCAGCAAGGCCAAGGCCAGCAGUACGGAAGCUACAGAGCACCGCAGACGGCGCCCUCUGCCCAGCAGCAGCGGCCCUACGGCUACGAGCAGGGCCAGUAUGGAAAUUACCAGCAGUAAGGGACACGUGGCCGGAGCCCUUGUGGUAGCGUGUCCAUCCAGGGGCCGGAUGGGCUGGCGGCAGCUCUGGUGAAUUGUGACAUGUUGGUUACCCUUUCGCCCAGUGCCACGUCUGCAUGUGAAACGUGCUCAUUUCAUGCUGGGUAUGACGCCGAGCGCGCACCGCUGGCGCGAGACCGCACUUGGCAGUGUGAUACUUUUGGUGCUGUGUAUAGUAUUGUAUGUCGGUACAUGGAGAGGUGCCCUUUUCUUGCCCCCCCCCGCCCCCUUCUCAAUGUUUCUAGCUACUUUGGGGGUCAUUUUGUCAUCAGAGCAUUUCUGUGUCCAGGGAUGGGACGGAUCUCAAGACACCGUAGUCCACCUGUUCCGAUUGACAGACCUUAGGUCUCAUUUCUCUCCUCAUACAGUUGCUGUAACGUGGGCUGUCAACUUUAAGUGGCUAUACCGCAGCUAGAUACACAUGCAGCCCCUGGAGAGCAGCCUCUUCCUGUGCCUCGAUGGGUGGGUGGGAGGGCGUCUUCUGUGUGUUGGGUCAGUUUCUGUCAUGUAACAAAAAGAAGAAACAUCUCCCUCAGGAGAGGCCACACAUGGCCACUUCCAGAGCUUGCUCAUGGCCUGUCUCUCACCAAUGCCGUUUAUCCAAAAAGGUACAUGUUUUCGUACUAAAAAGUGAACAGGAAUCGAUGACUGUAUUCCAAAUAAACAGGAAUCCUUAAGGUCCUGGGCGAUCACCUGACCCAGGGCGGGCGGUGUUGCCGAAGGAAAGAGGCGCAGCUCUCUGGGAAGUGGGCCGUCAGAGAUUACUCUGACUUUGACCCUUGUUUAGCUGAUGGUUAUUUCCGGGAUUGGAAUAUUUAAUGUGCCCAAUGCUAAAUUGGUAGGUAAUUUAAAAUAUUGACACCAGAUUUUCCGAACAGUUGGCAAGUUGUUUAUUUUAUAUUAUUUCUUCCAGGACCUACUUGCUCAGAUCUCCAAGCAAGCAUUUCUUUUCUUUUAGGGAUGUCUGAAAGUCACAUCAGUAACUUUACAGUGUUCUUUCUAAUGAAAAAUAAAGGUUUAUAUAGUGAAACUUAAGUAAUUUUUACAUUUCUAGGAUAUUAAAUCCCAUUUCAAUUCUGUGUAAACAUUAAAGACAGCACGCUUGGAAAAGUAUGGUCAAAGGAGAAAAGUCCUUCGCUGCCAUUAAUAGCUCGCAUGGACAUUUGAUCAACCUUUACUUGGAAUAAUACUCCUAUUUGCUAUGAAUCCUUUAAAAAAAAAUCUUUGGGUAAAUGCUGGUGAAUUUCCAAGAACUACCAAGAAAAUACAAAAGAUACCCAGUGCUUGAUAUAUGAGGCCUGCUAAUAAUGACGUUUCUCUUUAACUGAUGUUUCAUUUUAUUCUUCAUCCAGAGUUAAGUGCUUUAUAAUUUACAAGGCCCAUAUGUGUUUGGCUUGAAUUAAUCCUGACAGCCCCUGUGAGGAAAUUUUUUUAGAGGUGAAGAACUAAGGCACAGAUUAAAGGACUUGGCUGUGUCGAGUGCCAGUCCUGUUACAGGACAUGCUUCCCUCGUCCAUGAGACAGGUGUCACACAGAAUUGGGGAUAGCAGUGUUUAUUUUGUAGGCAUAAGGGUUUUUUAAACCCUUAACACUAGUAAGGGCUUAAAAGUAAAUGUAUAUGUUCAUAUUACUGAAGAGAGUUCUUAAUUGCUAAUUGACAAAAGUAUUAGCAAUUUCAGUUAGGGAGUCUUCUCCCUUGAUUUUGUUCUUUUCAUGUCAAUUUUCCUAUAACUAAUUUGCAAACUCAAUCGGGGACUAAAUUUCCCACUGAAAAUGUUAAACAUUUUAGAUAACUGUGAAAAUAGUUUAUUUUUAUUCCUUGCCAAUCUGGGAAUAUGCCUUGUGUGUGUGUGUGUGUGUGUGUGUGUGUAUAUGUGUUUUUUAAGUGUUGUAUUAAUAAUACUUUCUGAAAGAAAAGGACACUUAUCCCAAAAUUUCAAUCUGAAAUGUCUUACAUUAAGAAUAUCUUGAAUGUUGUGUAUAUAUUUUAAAAAGCACUUUGCAAAAUAGUUUGUACAUUUAUUUCCUAAUUUAUACAUGAUUUUUGGUGUUAAUAUAUUUAAUGAUUAAUAACAGAAUGUUUAUUUAAUGUGUUGUCCAUUUUUAUGUAAUAUUGUGGGGGAAAGUGAUGCCAGCAAUUCCUUUUCAUUAACUUAUUCUAUCUUCUGUCAUAUGAAUGUUGAGAAAAGCUUAGGCUAACAGGAAUUGUUCGUGAAGUGUGGUUGAUGGUGCUUUGUUUUUUUCUGACUACUUCUAUGGAAGGCCAGUGAAGAAGCAAAGGAAGACGUGAAACUUGAUGCUCAUUCUUUUUCCUGUUGGUCCCCGACAUCCAGCAAAUUGUGAAUUUGAAAAAUGAUGGCCACAAUUUUCAGAAGUGCUGACAAAUUUCAUAUUGGUAUCAAAAGCUCAUCACCCAUUAGGGUUUGUUGUUGAAUCAGCAGUACUUAGCAUAUUAAAACAGUACAUCAGAACUCAGGCUCAGAGUCUUUAUGAAUGGAAUUAAGGCGGACAAGAUCUCCUAAGAUCUGAAAAGAAACCCUAGUACGCUCAUCUGGUUGGAGUCUACGUGAAGCUGAUUUUGUCAGGGUUUUUCUACAUAUAGGGGGCACCCCUUCGACACUGUACAGAGUGGAAGACUGUUUUCCAUUUCCAUUAAAAAAUGUUUAGCCACUUCACUUCUAUUAUUGAACAGGUCAAAUUUGUCUGGUUUGUGAGUACAGUACAUUUGAGAAACAUCCUGGAUAUCGGUUAAUUUUUUUUCAGUCGGAGUUUGACGUAUAAAUUGUUUAUGGUUUUGGUGUAAUCUCUUAAUAAACUGGUUCUUCAAAAAUCA